CCCAUAACCAAGGCAGCAGGUGAAAAAUGCCGGUGACACAAGGUUUGCACAGAGGUUUUCUCGUUGCAGGAGGACGCGGGUAGCUCUGUCAUUUAUUGAUCAGUGCUUUGGGCCCAGUCACUUGGUUUUCACCUCAGAUUCUCCAUUUGGAAACCCCAAAGAAUCGUUCUCACCCCUCUACACAUGAGGAGUCGCACCAAAGGUUUGGAGGAGACGUGGGUGGACCUAUCAACGAGCAUCGCCUUUUACAACGGAACACGAGCGAGCAUGUGAUCCACCCCAUACCUGUACACACAGACAUAACGGUAAUGACAGCGCGUAGCAUAACGAACGCCUCCAGCGGCAGCAGCAGCCACAGCCCCGGGCCGCUGCCCGCCCCGCAUAGGGCCCGGCCCUCCGGAAGGCAUUGGGAGGGCAGCGAGCAGCUCGGCUCGGCUCCGCACCGCCCGGCAGCCCGUCCCAGCGCAGAGAGGCCGCGGGGCGCCGGGCCGGCCGCAGGGACGUGCCGGGGCUGCCUGGCCCCGCUGCAGGUACAGCACAGCGGGGAGAACUGCGGGACCGCGAGCUCCGGGCCGGUCAUCACCGUCCCGAGAUCUGCGCUGCAGCGGGGCCGGGGGAGCGGCGAGUGGGUCUGAAACCGGGUUUGAAAAGGAGGCAGGAAGAAAGGCCGAAACGAAAGCAGGAUUCUCUGCCAAACGUGGGGCGAGGUGGGAUGUGAGAAGUCCGUUCUCUCACAGCGCUCUGCCCGCUCGGCAGAACUCACAAAGACCGUGCUUGCGGGCCUCCCGCCCUGCUCCUGGAGACAAGGAUCGUACAGGGCAGAGAUCUUGCGUGCACCUCUUCGUGGUGUUUCUCACGUAGACAAACAGGCCAUUUGAGCUUACAGGCCGUACUGGAUUCUCAGGACAGGACCUUCCAAGCGCUCCUGGAAAAUGGCAGGGAGAAAAGUCCUGAUAGUCUACGCUCAUCAAGAGCCUAACUCUUUUAAUGGAUCUUUGAUGACAGUUGCUGUGGAAGAAUUGAGCAAACAGGGCUGCAGUGUCACAGUGUCUGAUUUAUAUGCAAUGCAUUUUGAGCCCCGGGCAACAAGAAAUGACAUUGUCGGUUGCUUGCAAAACUCAGAUGAGUUCAAUUACGGAGUGGAGAUGUCGGAAGCUUACAAGAGAGGAUGUUUGUCCAAUGAUUUGAUCGAAGAGCAAAAGAAGGUGCAGGAAGCAGACUUACUGAUUUUUCAGUUUCCCUUGUACUGGUUCAGCAUGCCAGCAAUCAUGAAGGGCUGGAUGGACAGAGUCUUGGUCCAAGGAUUUGCUCACGAUUUUCCAAACUGUUAUGAUUCUGGUUUGCUUAAGAACAAAUUAGCUAUGUUUUCUUUCACCACUGGGGGCAGCGAAGAGAUGUACACAAAAGGAAGUAUCAAUGGUGAUAUCCGCUAUCUCCUGUGGCCCAUGCAGCAUGGCAUCAUGCACUUUUGUGGUGUCAAAGUCCUUGAGCCUCACAUCUGCUUUGCUCCGGAAUAUGUCUCUGAGGAAAAAAGGAAGGAGAUGCUUGUUGCCUGGGCACAGCGUUUGAAGACUCUUUGGAAGGAAGAACCCAUAAACUGCUCUCCUGAGUGGUAUUUUAAGUAAUGUUCAAGCACAAGACUACAGAUAUUUUUUCCAUUCUUUUUGGUGCUUUGUUUCAAUAUCAGAAUGUUAUCUUCAGAAUUCACAUGCAUUAUAGGUAUCUUGAAUACUACAGCCGGCAGCUUAGCUGACAAUAAAGCAUUUGUCUUUAUUGAUUUCUGAGGAAUUCUCUUCAGUGAUGGGUGCACAGCCCUUUGUGAAGAACUAACCUUGCCCAUAUAAAUAGUGACAUUCUGCCUGCACGUGGUUAGUAACUCAAGUGUUAUUUAAUUGCAAAUUAUACCAUUAUUGCUUAUGAAACAGUAAAGUACGUUGCCAAUUUUAUUUCAACACUCUUUGUACCAACUGCCUCUUUUUUCUUUUUUUUUUAUUGGCCAGGAAAUACGCUCAGUCUCAUUGUGGGCAAACCUGUUUUUUCAAAUGAAAGAUCUACACUUGUGCCUUUGAGCUAUAAAGCUAGAUUGUGGAUAACACAAAAGGAUGUACAGUUGCACAGUGACUCAAAGCCCUUAAAUUAUACAAGCAAGUGACAAUUUUGCCUUGGUUCAAUAACUCUUGUGUAUGAAAGUCAAUGAGAAUAAAGUGGAAAAUGUCAUAUGCA